AUGCAACCUCUUCUUUACCUGUGCGUGCGCGGCAUCAUUACUUGGUUUCUCUACAAGGAGCGUCGCUUCCGUACUUUUAGUGCCAGCACUGGCUCCGUGCUGUCGUGUGGCGCGGCGCAUUGCUGGGCAGUUUCUUAUGCCCUCGUCGCUGCCCUGCUGCUCCACGCCGUGCGUUUGUCAACCAAAGGUUGGAACGCACAACUGCCCUGGUUCCUCCGCGUAGCUGAACAGCUGACAUUUGUAUGCGGCAUCGUAUGGUGGUUGGCCGGGGUCCUCCUCACGAUCAUUCGAUCGCUUCGCAUCGACCAAGAGGGCAUGGGGUUGCCACUGGAUCAGAAGGAAUCCAUCAUUCCAAGGUUGAUGGCUAUCUCGCAGUCCCGCCGCAACAAAGAUUUCAUUGCUUUGGCUCACCGACUAAGCUUCGGCUGCAUUUUCUUGUGCAUACUUAU